ACUAAACCAACCAAAACUUCACAUUCCUUUUCACAACUUUACUGCAAUUCCAUUCUUUUGCACUGUAGAAUUACUUGUGAUUAUGCUGAGUUCCAAUGAUGAGAACGUUGAUACCGGACGUCGUGCUGCUGUCGAUGCAACACCUGCACCUGUAUCCGCACCUGCACCUGCACCCGCACCCGCACAGGAAGCACCUGUUCGUGGUGGUUCUAUUGAACAACAAAAUAUUGAUAAAUGGUUGCCUAUUAGUGCAUCAAGAAAAGCAAAAUGGUGGUAUUCAGCAUUCCACAAUGUGACUGCUAUGGUUGGUGCUGGAGUGUUAGGGUUACCCUAUGCUUUAUCCCAACUUGGAUGGGGUCCAGGAAUUUCAGUGAUUUUAGUGUCAUGGAUUGUGACAUUUUACUCACUGUGGCAAUUAGUGCAUAUGCAUGAAUUGGUUCCAGGAAGGAGAUUUGAUCGAUACUUUGAUUUAGGAGAAUAUGUAUGUGGAAACAAAGGUCGAAUUGGAUUCUGGAUAAUAAUGAUACAACAACUUAUUGUUCAAGUUGCUUCAACCAUUGUUUACUGUGUCACUGGUGGGAAAUCAUUGAAGAAAUUCUUUGAUAUUAUAACUCCAUCAUCAGGAAUAAGUCAAAUUAGACAAACAUAUUAUAUUGUCUUCUUUGUUUGUUUACAGUUACUCCUUUCUCAAAUUCCUAAUUUCAAUACUUUGAAAGGAGUCUCUUUGCUCGCUGCUUUCAUGUCUGUCUGCUAUUCGAUGGUGGCAUUUGGGGCGUCACUUGUGAAGGGAUCGCAUCAACAUCAAUUUGAUCAUGGAAUUAGGUCACAAACUACAGCUGGAGAAGUUUUUGAUAUUUUUAAUGCACUUGGAACUAUAGCAUUUGCAUUUGCUGGACAUAGUGUGGUACUAGAGAUUCAAGCUACAUUACCUUCAACAGAAGAAAAACCUUCGAAAAAACCGAUGUGGCGAGGUGUGCUAGUUGCAUACUGCAUAGUUAUAGUUUGCUAUCUUUCAGUUGCAAUAUCUGGAUUUUGGGCAUUUGGAGAUACUGUAGAAGAUGAUGUUUUGGUCUCACUUGAACGUCCUCCAUGGGUUAUUGCUACUGCUAACUUCAUGGUUUUUGUUCAUGUUAUUGGAAGCUUUCAGGUUUUUGCAAUGCCUGUUUUUGAUACAAUUGAGUCAUGUUUGGUGCAAAAGUUAAAAUUCAGACCUUCAAUGGUUCUUCGUGUCGUUGCUAGAAGCCUAUAUGUUGUUGUGGUGGGAUUCAUUGCCGUUACCUUUCCAUUCUUUGGAGGACUGUUAGGAUUUUUUGGAGGCCUAGCAUUUGCAGGAACAUCAUAUAUUAUACCUUGUGCAUUGUGGCUUAGGGCCAAACACCCAAAAGCAUGGAGCUUUCAUUGGACUGCAUCAUGGAUUUGUAUAGCUAUUGGUGUUAUAAUAGCAGUUGUUGCACCAGUGGGAGGAAUACGAACAAUUGUUGUUUCAGCACAGACUUACAAGAUGUAUUCCUAAUAAUAAUAUUAAUAAUAAUUAAAAUGUUAAUUGAUGUUC